UUUAGUCGAAUCAAUAAUUACAUUUACAUCCUCCAAAUGGUAUCCGCAGACGAAAGUAGGGUUAUUCUAUUCAUUAUUGCCAAGGACGUUGGCUGGUUCAUUUUAUUUACAAAUUUAUAACCUUAACAAACCCUAAACGUGCUUACAACCGGAGAAAACAUGGAGAAGAAGCGACGUGAAGUUGAAGAAAAGAAGGCAGAUGAUGAAGCUCAACAACUGAAGAAGAGGAAACGCAAAGAAGUUUUUCCCUUCGGAAAUUACAAAAGUUACUACGGCUAUCGUAUCGGUGGGGGCUUAGAUGAAGACCCUCGCCUUAAGGUUUUCAGGAAGGAAUGGUUUCAUGGCAAAAACUGUCUCGACAUUGGCUGUAACAGCGGCAUUAUAACUAUUCAAAUUGCAAAAAAGUUUCAGUGCCGGAGGAUUCUCGGAAUUGACAUUGAUUCUAAUCGAGUUGAGGAUGCAUAUUGGCACCUUAGGAAAAUUGUAAAAAUGGAAAAGGAUCAAAGAAAACGUGCUCAGGCUUCCAGAUCUGAUGUUCCAGGGAAUACAGAUGGUUCUCAGCUUGGUGUAACGGUUAUGUCCAGCACAGAGAAGGAGGAAGUUUCAAAAGAUUGUUCCACUCCUGUAGAAAGAGAUCUACAUGACAUAGUUUCUUUCCAGCAAGAAAAUUUUGUUCAAAGUCAGCACCCAUUACAGAUUCAAUAUGAUACAAUUAUGUGUUUGAGCGUAACAAAAUGGAUACAUUUGAACUGGGGUGAUGAUGGAUUGAUAACUUUGUUUACAAGGAUAUGGAGACUUCUUCAUCUGGGUGGCAUUUUUGUGUUGGAACCUCAACCUUGGCGAUCAUAUGAAAAUAAUCGUCGUGUGUCUGAGACCACUGCAACCAAUUAUCGAAGUAUAGUCUUCCGUCCGGAGCAAUUCCAGGAAAUUCUUCUGGAUAAGAUUGGGUUUAGAAGGGUGGAAGUCAUAACUUCAAAUGGCUUAUCAGACAGCAAAACUGGAUUUAACAGACCAAUAUUCUUAUUUCAAAAAUGACUCCACUAGUAAAGUUGCUGUUUCUGCCUGACUUAUCUAAUCGAUGCCACUAAUCUGAGUCGGAUUAGUUCUUCAAAUGUUUUUUUAUAGUGGAUAAGAUCUGGAUCAUCUGUGCUUCGUAGCUCAAUCAGAGCAUGAACCUCGGCUUCGCUUUUUUGCUGUAAUACCUGGGAUUGGUAUAAUUCAGAAGAAGCUGGAGAUUAAGUGUACAAGAUCUUAACGCCGAUUUGAAGGUAACUUGUGUAUCAAAUUCAAUGGUGACAAUUAGGAGUGUAUUUUACCCAAAAACAGUUGGGUUUUCCCUCUAUUUCAUUCAUUUGAC